UGUUGAUGUUUUGUUUCGGAGCAAAACGAUGUGAACUGUUUCGUCUCCGGGACGGGUGGAUAUUUCUGUGCGGUUGUCUUCACGUUUCUCUGUGUACUCUUUUAACGGUACCGUUUCGCUGUUCGUCGGCAUCGUGUCUGUCCCGGUGUCGGUCCCGGGAAGCGCGAGGCCGAGUUGUGCGAUGAUGGAGGACUUUGAUGAGAUCUACGAAGAGGAGGACGAGGAAGAGGAGGACGAGGACAGGGCCGCGGAGGAGCAGCUCCUCAAGUACGCUCCGGACCCGGUGGUGGUGCGAGGGUCCGGCCACGUCACUGUGUUUGGGCUUAGCAACAAAUUUGAGUCAGAAUUUCCUUCAGCACUUACAGGAAAGGUGGCACCAGAGGAAUUCAAAGCCAGUAUCAACCGUGUGAACGGCUGCCUGAGGAAGACACUGCCGGUGAAUGUGCGGUGGCUCCUGUGUGGCUGCCUCUGCUGCUGUUGCACAUUGGGCUUCAGUUUGUGGCCGGUCAUCUGCCUCAGCAAGAGGACAAGAAGAUCUUUAGAGAAACUCCUUGAGUGGGAGAACACCAGACUUUACCACAAGUUGUGUUUGCAUUGGAUACUAAGCAAAAGGAAGUGUGAAACCAACAACAUGAUGGAAUAUGUAAUCCUAAUAGAGUUCCUACCUAAGAUCCCCAUCUUCAGACCGGACUAGCCCGAGUGUGGCGGAUCUUCAACCUCCACGGCUGCCCAGAUCUGUCAUAGAACUACAAUGGCUGCCAAGCUCCUGAAGAAAUUCCCUAAUAUUUAUGUUUACAGGGUAGCAUCGUUUUUCCCUCUUCUCUUUUACCCGUUCUCUCGCACAUAACUUCUCUUUACCCUUGUUUACAAAUCCAGCAUCCCAACACUUGUUAAUGGAUUGCAUUCACCAUUUAAUCACGAUUUACCGAGCAAGCGGGCACACUGUUAAGCCACGCUAGCCAGCACCAACCUGGGGAUGUCAGGGGAGAACCAGCUAUGGGCAGCGUUAUGGAUUUUGGAGCUGGAGACUGGACUCCUAAAUUGAGUUCUCUGAGCUAUGACUGGAAUUGUGUCCCUGGUAUGUUCCCAAAACUAAGCACAUGGCACAGUCAGACCAUGAGAAAAAACCUUCACGUUACCUACUGUCUCACCGCCAACUUCACCUGCAGAAAAAACACCCCAGUGCUUUUGUAAAAGUUGUUUUGGUUCUGUAGAUCAUUAUUUAAGGCUGCGGAUGCAACAUAACGCACAACCUUAAAGGAACCUUCAUCCAAAUCAACUUUGUAGCGGACUGCCUAGUCUUACAGGAGCAUGCUGGGCUCUCAAAUGUCACUCCUCUUCUCCACUAGCAGACAUCCUCCCGUCUCCUUUAUGUCUCUGCAUCACCCCUAACCCAGUGACAAUCACACAGUCUGACUGUAUUCUCCGUGGUAUGAAUGGGUCUUAAUGCUGAACAGUUUACCUGGAACAAUUUGUCUUCAACAUUAUGUUUGUCCAGGUGAUGGGCUGGCUGCCUAGCAACUGCUUUUAAUGCGCAGUGGAACUACUAGUGAAGCAGACACUUACAUCUCAAGUUUUGUUUACUUAAAUAGUGAAAAUGAGUGAGUCAAUGCUUGCAACACUUUUCACGGUGUUAUGUGUGUGUCUUUUAGAGAGAGAAACAAGCAAAAAAGAGACAUCAGACAUUAAGAGAGACUAUACUCUGUAAAGCAGGGUUCUUUCUUUGAUGCUAUUGUUUGCCAUAAAACAUAUUUGUUGCUUUUCUUGUACUUUAUAAAUGCGCGAGUGGGCAUAUAGUCUGCAUUUGUGAAAUGGGCCUUUUUUGUUUUUUGAUAAGAUUUGCCAUUGUUUUCUUUUUGUCUUUAUGGUCACAUGUCAACACUAAAGCACACAAUGAGUCCUUAACACCGCCACAUGGCCUCUCUUCCUUAUCUGCUGACCUUGGAUUACCUUAAUGAAUGCUCAAGUUAAGGAUGUGGCUCUUCUGAGAAAGAUAAUCUGUUAAGAUAUUAUCUGACUAAUACAGAGGUCUGGGGUUACCAUAGGUGUUAGGUCCUCUUUAUAAGGUGUUAGAUAAUACCAGGGUUCUGUAUCAUGAAGCAGGAUAACUUAAAUUAGCUUGAUAAUUGCGCUGAGUGUCACCAGACUACUCCAAAGUCGGUUAGUGGUCGGACUUCCAAGCUGCAGCACUAAUCAGUUUUUUUCAUAUUCUGAAAUAUUCUAUAAAUGAAAAUGGCAGAAUUUUCCAGCAGCAGGCCGAUGUUUUCCCUCAGGAGUAAGAGACCAAUACAGAGAUAAAAGAGUGCACAUCUUAAACUUUGGUUCAUCAUUUGGCUGCAAACACGACUCCAAAUGAAUGCUCAUGUGGCCUUUUUGGUUGGUCCUUUAUCUAGCAUCUCAUUUAUCUUACAAUCAUGCUUUGUGAAAAAGCUGUAAUACACAUUUUAAACCUUUCAACAUGUAUCAUAAAGCACAAUUUAGUUUGAUGAAACGUACAACCAUUUAUCCAUAAAGGAUGGCAUAUAUUUAGCGUUUCCCACUCUGCACACCUCAUGAUUUAUUAAAACAUCCACAGACUGAGAUUGAGAAAGGCCACUUUGAUUUAGGUCACACAGCUCCAGUGAUUGUAUGAGUCACUCUCAGGGGAUUAUACUUAUAACAUGUAUUAUUGGAAAAUCCUACUGUCAGGUUUGUUCCAGAGUUACAUCAGGGGCUCCUGUACAAUACUCAGAUAACACAUUAUUGAAUAAUCAAUAACUAAUACAUUUGGCUGUGAAAUUUGAAAAAUGCCCCUUAGAUAAAGAAAACUAACCUUUCUGUGGUCUUCCUAUUUGAUAGUAUAGGAAGCACAUACUCCAUGGACCCACAAAGAGCGCAUACAUUGUGUUCGUUUAUAUGUUUAAAUACACAAACAUACACUAUUACCUCUGGGUAAUGAAGUGAUAUCAUCAGUCACUUUCCUAUAUUUCUGAUUGUGGUCUGUUCUAUAUGAAUCAAGGCAUAAGGCCAUAUGCAGAUAUUUGUGGUGUGAGCGCGUAUGUGUGUAUGCAGAUUCAAAUGUUCUUCGUAGAUCUCAGACUGUGAUUGAAUCCUGCACAGAAAAUGAGUCCUUUUUUAUAUAACCCUGAGUGGUCUGUGUGUGUGUUUGUGUGUACGAGGGAGAGAAAGAUAUAUGUACAUAUGACUCAUGAGCAGGUAUGCAGAUGUACAGUAAUAAACUACCAAUAAACAAGGCUAUGGGCAUCCAA